AUGUGCUGUCUUGUUCAAUUAGGUUCAACUCUACGUACUUUGUUAUCUUGUGUCGACACCAUCGUACAAAAAAAAUAUCUUAUUCCAUUUAAAAAAUUUUUAAGUAUGUCAGGCCUUUUGACUCAAUUAGUUCGUCGUCAGGCGUCAAUGAUGAUGCCCCGCCGAAAUGCAAGUGCACUUUUUCUUGCAGGUCCACCAGUUAAUAAAGUGACAAAUAAAGAAAAACUGAUUGCUUUGGGUUUGUUUCUUAGCGUUCCCAUGCUUUAUCCAAUUUAUAUUAUGUCUAACUUACAAAAAUACAAUGGCUCAAAUCGUACAUGGUCGAAAAAGAAAGCUCGCUCCGACAAGAAGCAAUCAGGCAAAAAAGCUGAUCACUAA